AUGGCGGACCCUGCCCUGGAUACAGAGGUUCCUGGGGCCCACACCCUGGACUGCAGCUUGGAGCUCCAGCGGCAGUACGACGUCAUCCCGGCGGUGGUCUGCUCCAUGUGCUGCCUGUUUGGAAUCAUCUACUGCUUCUUUGGGUACCGCUGCUUCAAAGCCGUCAUGUUCCUGUCUGGCCUCAUGUUCGGCUCCGUCAUCAUCUUCCUGCUGUGUCAUAAGGAGCACGUCCUGGACACUCAGCUGAGCGUGGAGGCGUCUGCGGGCAUCGGCCUGGGCAUCGGCCUGCUGUGUGGCCUGGUCACCAUGAUGGUGCGCAGCGUAGGGCUCUUCAUGACGGGACUGCUGCUCGGCCUGCUGCUCGCCCUCGCCGCCCUGCUGGUGACAGAGCAAUUCUACACCCCCUCCAGUGUGUGGGUGCCGCUGGGCUCGCUCCUGGGCUCGGGCAUGCUGUUCGCCGUGCUGACGCUGCAGUGGCAGAAGGUCUUCACCAUGAUCUCCACCGCGGUGUUCGGAGCCGCCAUCAUGACAGUCUGCGCCGACUACUUUGUGGAGCUGCUGGUGCUGGGCUCCUACGUGUACGAGGUCAUGCGCCUCACGCCGCGCACGGCGCUCUGCUGGUACAGCUACGUCAUCCUCGGAAUGUGGCCCGCUCUCAGCAUCAUGGGAGUCCUGGUGCAAUGGAAGCUCACCGGAGACAGCUUCUCCCACACGGAAGUGGUGCUGAGCCGCAGACAGAAGCGUGUGCAGCUCGUGAAGAUUCGGGAGAAAGAUGCCAAGAAGCAGCAGGCGGCGUCCGGACAGGAGGGAACGUACCGCCGCAAAGCCACUCCGGUCAAACGCUACGCUGGAGACCUGCUCGCUCCGAGUUACUUGCAGAGUCUGCGCGACCGGCAGAUGGGCACCGGGACAUCCCUGAGCUCCAUGGGAACCUCCAACCACACCACCAUCAGCCUGGACUACGACUGUGGCUCCACCGCCCCAUUGACCGCCACGACCCCGGUGGUCAGAGUGUGA